AUGGAGAAAGAGCACGUCUUGCCGGACACUCGACAACCAAUCAACAAGGCCUACAUACAUACAACCCAAUCGAGUCGAGCCCACAAACAUUCCUUCCCAAAAACACACCUGAAAACCGUUGACGGGAGGGAGACAGCCGAUAUCGCCAGGGAUUACAAUCCAAGAGAAGACCGGGCAAGACUGGAAGAGAAGAGAGAGAGAGAGAUACAAAGAGGAAUGACGACACGGGGACAACAAGCGCCAUAUGGGGAGAUCGAUCCCGACCGACUCAGUCCUCCUCAGGGAGAAGCUGGAUGGGGAUGUGACGAGUUCAAGAAGAAAUGGUACAACGACGACGAUCUCUUGGUCUUCCGGCAAGCCCUGCAUGCCCAGGAUGUCGACCUCCACCAUCUCCCCGUCGGCCCGCACAGCUUUCCAGCAAGACCCCCACCCGGCUCCUCCGCCCCUUCUUCUUCACAAGCUGGAUCGACCGAUCCAACGCGACUUCACCCUUCUUCGUCGUCCUCUUCGGGAAGACCUUCUUCACACGCAGACCCGGCGCCACCCUCAUCAUCUUCUCACAAACGAGCCUCCAAGAACCCCAAGCCUCGCAAAGACAUUGUGCGGGAAGGAUGGGCGUAUCAUAUCUCCAGAUGGCCUCUCUUGACGCUUAUUGGAGUAGCAUUCAUGUUCGAAUUCUUGAUAUACGUCUCAGUCAGACAAAUCGUACGACUCUUCGAAACACUCAUGUCUUGGAGAGCUCAAGAGGGACGGUUGAGGAGGAAGUUAAGAGCUGCUGAGACGUACGAGGAAUGGAAAGCUGCGGCAUUGGAGUUAGAUGACUUACUGGGAUUUGGCCAAUGGAAACGAAACGCAUCGAAUGCCUAUUACGACUCGAUUUCCGUCCGCAAGGUGGUCGCCAGUCUUGAACGUUCCAGACUCAACAAUGAUCCAGAGAGUCUCAAAGGGGUCUUGGAAGUCUGCUUAAGGGCUAACUUCGCGGGCAUCGAGUCUAUCAGAUUGUACUCUCAAACUCAUCUUGGGACGAAGACGUUGAUUGAAAAUUAUGUGGAUGAAGUGGAAAAAUCAUUGGUUUAUCUGCGAGAAACAACGCACCUAUCGGCGCAAGAGAAGACUGUUUUCUUCCGUCGAGCGGCCAAGAACAUGGGCACGACUGCGUUAUGUUUGAGUGGCGGAGCUACGUUCGGAUUCUAUCAUUUUGGCGUCAUUAGAGCCUUGUUGGAUGCUCGCUUAAUUCCAACUGUUAUUACAGGAACAUCAGCUGGAGCACUUGUGGCUGCAUUUUUAUGUACACAUACGGAUGAAGAAUUGGACCGUCUUCUGGUUCCUGAAAUAGCCGACAUGAUCACUGCCUGUGAAGAUCCCAUCUCGGUUUGGCUGCCGAGAAUGAUCAAGACUGGGGCCCGGUUCGACACCGUCCUGUGGGCAAAGAAGUCUAGCUUUUUUACGAUGGGGUCUAUGACGUUCUUAGAGGCCUAUGAACGGACUGGACGGAUUUUGAAUGUUUCGGUCAUUCCACAUGAUGUUCAUUCUCCAACAACAUUAUUGAACUACACGACCGCCCCCAACUGUGUGAUUUUCAGUGCGAUUCUCGCCUCUGCUGCCGUCCCAUUAGUGUUGAAUCCAGUCGUCCUUCUUGAAAAGUCAAAGGACGGUAAAGUGAGACCGUGGCAAUUUCAGGGUAAACAUAAGGAUGGUAGUUUGAGAGUCGAUGUCCCCUUGGAGAGUUUACAUCUAUAUUUCAACACUAGUUUCUCAAUCGUCUCUCAGGUCAAUCCGCACAUCCAUCUGUUUUUCUUUCAGCCUCGUGGCGCUCCUGGAGAGCCGGUCGUUCACCGGAAAGGCAAAGGUUGGCGGGGCGGCUUCUUUUUGAGUGCGUUGGAACAAUAUAUGAAGAUCGAGUUAAUUAAGAACUUAAGAGUUAUCAGAGACUUGGAGCUCUUGCCCUUACUCGGCGGCCAAACUUUCACGGCUGUGUUCCUUCAAAGGUUCGAAGGAACAGUCACUAUUUGGCCUCAUAGUAGGUUCAGGGAUUGGUUCAAUAUCCUCACUGAUCCGGAUCGUAAGGAAUUGGCUCGGAUGAUUAAUGUCGGGAAACGGGUGACUUGGCCUAAGAUUCGGAUGAUUGAGAACCGACUGAGGAUUGAACGGCAGGUGUUUAUGGGACGACAAGAGACGAAGAGAAGCCAAGAGCCGACGAUUCCGAAUCCGCAAGGAGCAGCCGUUUCGGGCGACGGAGGAGGAGGGGGUACGGAAGGAUCGCAGGACGAGAUGGGGGGGAUCUCGGGGGUAGAGAAUGAGCGAUCGCAGGUGUAUGGGACGGACUCAGAGGUAGAGAUGCCCCAGAUGGGCAGUCCUGAGGGCAACCUGCGCCAGCUGCGGAUGCUCAGGGAGCGCAGGAACCUCCAUCGACGACUCUCGCAGAGCUCCAAGUCCGUCGGCCUGUUCCUCGACCAGCUCGUCGGCGACGACACUGGCGGCGGCGGUAACAGCUCCGCCGGAGAGGAAAUCGUCGCCAGGAAGAGCUUCCGUCAUCGGCAUUCCUCGGCCUCCAUUCGCUCCGCUAGACUCGUCAAUCAUAGCGACGGUAGUGAUGAGAGAGAUAGGAAUGAAUCAACCGCGGAAGAACUCCUGAUCGAAGAUUGAUUCUUCUUCUUCUUCUUUUUUUUUCUUUUUUUUAGAUGAAUAGAUAGAUAAUAGAUCACGUUUUUCUCUUCCUUUCUGAUGUAUGCCUUUUCAAAAGUACUUAUGACUUGUUUGUAAAGCCGGCUCUUCUUCCUCCCCCUUUUUUUCACAAGCAAAUCCUGAUGACUCUUUUUUGAUCUGUUUCCCUUACUGUUACAUCACUUGGUAGAUCUUUGUCCCAAAACAUUAUAUUUUGAUUCUGUUGUACUCUUGUUAUAUGUUUGUACACUUUUACACGCUUUUAAUCAUUUGUAUAUGGAUCGGUUCUUUUUUUUUGUCGUUGCAGUAUUGUUACUAGUAUACUUUUGUAAGGAUUUUUUUUUCUUCUUCUUUGAGUGGGUUGAUGUUAUGAAUUGGACUUGCAAUAGUUAUAGGGGCUUGGAAAAACAACUCCCG